GCUGUGGGACUGACGCCUCGGUGGGAAUGAAAAGGACAAUAACGCAGAGAAUAUGACUUUACAGACAGACACGAAGACGAGGAAGAGAGAGAACCCAGCUCUGCGUGCAGCAGCUUUCAUGUGCAGCCACUCGGCCGCUUCCACGCAGGUGGAGGCGCUUCUGCCGAGGCCUCGCUUCCACCUAGACCUCUGGCUCAGCUUCACCUUCCAGAACUGGAUCCUGGAUGUGGGCCGUCCCGUCGUCAUGCUCGUCCUCCCUGCUGAUUGGCUCCCUCUGCAGCAUCCUGGGGUUGCGGACUAUCUCCACUUCCUGUACAACGUCACGGCUCCGCUCAUACUUCUCAAAAUGCUCGAACGCAGCCCCUGGAUGCUCCCGGGCCUCGCCGUCCGCCUUGGCAUCAUCGCCGUUUCCAUGGGAACCACCCUUCACUUGGCGGCAGACUCCAUCACGAGACGCCUGCUGCUGAUUGGUUACCAGCUGCACCUGCCUGUUAGAGAGAAUCCAAUAAUGAGGAACCUCAAACCUUCAGCCCUGGUCGACUUCUUUGAGCUGCUGUUUUACUACGACGACACUGUCGGUCACAUGAUGUGGUGCGUCCCUUUCUUCCUCGUCCUCGUGCUCUUCUUCAAUGGUUGUUUCAGUCGCAGGGAGCAGGAGAGGAUGCCACCGUCAGCGUGGAUGCUACUCGCUCCAAACGCUGCCUACUACUGGUAUUUAAUCACAGAAGGACAGACCUUCAUCCUCUUCACCUUCACCUUCUUCGCCAUGACCACUACAGUGAUGCAUCAGAGGAGGCGGGGCUUGUUUCUCAACAGUGACGGGCGUUUCAUGUUCUACAGUUUCUCUGCAGCUCUGAUCCUGGUGGUGAUCUGGGUGGGCUGUCUGUGGAACGACAGCAUCCUGAGGACGAAAGUUCCCGGACUGAUCUACAUCCCACGGCCCUGCACCGUCUACACGCUCCACCUCCACCAGAUGAGCCACAUAUGACGGAGCGACUCGUUCAACAACCGCGCCCUCCCGCCGUGUUCACGGCCAGUUACUGCACCGCUAAUGCGACAAAACGUCUGAGGAACCAGAGGCUGCGGUUAGAAGGAGAAGACUGAGGAUGUGUCGCAGAAUCACAGGAACGCCACGAUGAAAGUGUUCAUGGUUUUCACUGGUUAUUAGAAACACAGCCUCACAGCAUCCACACUUUCCCACCUGUUUAUUACUGAAAGCAGCUCACAAACCA